AUGUCUCACACACAAGAAAUAUCUGACAUAAUGACUAUAUGGCAGUCAAAGAAAUUAAGAAAAGAGGACAUCACCUUCACGAAAGCGGCCAUCUCCUUGAAUACGAACGACCCUUUGGUGGUAGCACGACCAGGUUUAAAUAAUUCGAAAUGGAUAGUCUGUGACACUGUCACAGGGAAAGUGGCUGUACUAGUACACGCGGGUAUAUGGAAAUGGACUACUGACCUCGAAACCGGAAAUUUUGUACCGUAUGGAGAGGAGGCACCCGAAGGCGUACCUGACGGGCAAAUUCAAGAUGAACCAUCGUUUAAAUGUAAAUUUAGUUACGCCUUCGACACAUCCCGCGAUACUAGCAUAUGGGACAAUAUCAAGAUUUUUGAAGAUCAUGUAUGCCGUCAACCUGGAUUUAACAAAGGGAACAGACCUCGUAGACCAUGGCAGAACGGUCGCAGCUCGACUAAUAGAGAUAAAUAUAUCAUUAACACUCGAGUUUUCGCGAACCGUUCAGCAUUCAAUACCAAAGAGGGUGGCGAAUAUAAAGUCCCUUAUGAAGUUCACCCUUGGCUGAAGGAAGGCAUAACACGAUUCCCUGAAGCUCAUCAAAUACCGAACCCAGACAGACCGAAAUACUUUGAAUUUACGGAAAAUCGAAUUAGCAGUCUUGCGGACUCUAACGAACCUACCUUCAAGCAAGGAGACAUUAUUUGGAUGACAUUCAAGCUAGGGUUUGUUGUUACUGGUGGCUAUUGGUGGCCGGAAAUCAUUCCUAUAGAAUUUGUAAGGGUAGGGAAAUUACCGGAGCAAAUACAUUCUAAAGCCGAUCAUUCACUCUUCCCAUCCGUUGACGAGUCGUUCAAUUUACUUUGCGCCGGGGACAUCGUCGAGUUCACAGAUGAUCAUUCUCCUAGACCAGUAAAACGGAUUAGGUUGCAUGAUUCAUACAACCAAGAAGAAGACUCCUAUCGAAGGAAAGGUCAUGUCGAGAAAGAGGAAGACAUCAAUAUGAACGACGAACCCGUGUUAGAUGACGACUACGUGCAUGUUGAUGCACCUGAAACCAAUUCCAAAAACCGGCUUCGAUCGGGUAGAGGAGGAAAAAAUACUAAUCGUUCUUAA